GAUAGCCUGCGACCACAAAUCUCUUCUCAUUUAUAUAAAAGCGGAUAUUCUUAAUUUUUCAGUUUUUUUCCAGUAGCCACACUAACACGUUUGGCUCUGUUCAGUAACGGAAUUGACGGACCUAUUUCAUCAUGUCCGACAAAAGCAAUUUUCUGCUGUUAUUCGACAGACCCCAAGAACCCUGUUUUAUGCCCAAAGGAGACAAGAAGUGCGUCUUUGAUGUUCCUCUAGAUUACUUGCCCGACAAAUACAAAUCCGUUGGAACUGUAGUGAUGUCGCGUUUUGGCCAAUCCGAGGGAGAAGACCAGAUUCCAAAAAUUGCAGUCAAACAGAUUUCAAUUCCUCCUCUGGACGAUGUCAUGAAGCUUCGCCGAGAUGAGAACUUCUCCCUCUUCAUCCAUAAACAUCGCCAAAUAGCUGCCAGGCUAAUAGACAUUUUCUUAGGCAUGAAGACCGUCGAUGACCUUUUGUCAGUCUCUGUCUACGCCAGAGACAGGGUGAAUCCCUACCUGUUCAACUACGCCCUCUCCGUUGCCUUGCUGCACAGGCCAGACACUCAAAAUCUGGACUUGCCUUCCUUUAUCCAGUCUUUCCCUGAUAAAUUUGUCGAUGCCAAGGUGUUCAACGCCGCCAGAGAAAUUGCUACAGUAGUUCCAGAAGACUCUAGAACACCAAUUCUAAUUGACAAGGACUUCACAGCCUCAGAUUUAGAAGAGGAACAUCGUCUGGCUUACUUCAGGGAAGACUUGGGUAUCAACCUUCACCAUUGGCAUUGGCACUUGGUGUAUCCCUUCGAAGCAGCCAGGGAAGUGGUGGAUAAGGAUAGGAGAGGGGAACUCUUCUACUAUAUGCAUCAGCAAAUCGUGGCAAGAUACAAUUUCGAACGCCUAUGCAACAAGCUAAAACGUGUGGAGCGCUUCAUAAACUGGAAAGAGGAAAUCAAGGAAGCCUAUUUCCCAAAACUCGACAGUGCGGUAGCGAGCAGAACCUGGCCUGCUCGAUCCGCUAAUCAGAAACUGAGCAAUUUGAAACGAGAUGCAGACCAAGUCGUUUUGGACAUCGACGAUAUGGAGAGAUGGAGAGACAGAAUUUUCGAGGCCAUCGGCAGGGGUGCAGUAAGGAAUGCUGACGGAAGUGAAACGCAACUGGAUGAAUUUGGAGGUAUCGACAUACUUGGAAACAUGGUCGAAUCCAGCAUCUUGUCUCCAAAUAGAGGUUUUUAUGGUGACUUACACAACAUGGGCCAUAUGUUUUUUGCCUGUAUUCACGAUCCCGAUCACAGACAUCUGGAACCUUUUGGUGUUAUUGGUGAUUCUGCUACAGCAAUGCGCGACCCAGUCUUCUACAGAUGGCACGCCUACAUAGAUGAUCUUUUCCAGGAGUACAAAUCCGCUUUACCAAGAUAUCCAGAAGAAAGGUUAAAUAAUCCCGGAAUUACAGUGGACCACAUUAGCAUUGAAUCCAGCCAAGGCAAGAACAUCCUGAACACCUUGUGGCAGCAGUCUGACGUUGACCUGUCCAGGGGUCUCGACUUCCAACCCCGGGGUUCCAUCCUCGUGAGGUUCACGCACUUGCAGCACGUCGAGUUCACUUACAACAUCGUCGUCAGCAACACGAGUGGCGGUGUCAAGGAAGGCACCUGCAGAAUCUUCUUGUCUCCAAAAUUCGACGAACGCGGCAACCCGUGGAAGUUCCAGGAGCAGAGGCUAAUGUUCAUCGAGCUGGACAAGUUCAAGGUCAACUUGAAUCAAGGGGAGAACAAUAUCAAACGUACAUCCACCCAGUCUUCGGUGACGAUCCCAUUCGAACGGACAUUCCGCAACCUGGACGCCAAUAGGCCUACUGGAGACGAUGCACAAGCUCAGUUCAAUUUAUGCGGUUGCGGUUGGCCCCAGCACAUGCUCAUCCCCAAGGGAGCACCAGAGGGCAUUUCCUGUCAGUUGUUCGUGAUGAUCUCUAAUUACGACGACGACAAAAUCGACCAGGACAUUUCAGGAGUUUGCAAGAACGCUGACAGCUUCUGCGGUAUCAAGGACAAGAAGUAUCCCGACCGUCGGUCUAUGGGUUACCCGUUCGACAGGCAAGCAAGAGAUGGAGUCACUAACCUGCGAGAAUUCCUUACCCCCAACAUGAGGGUGCAAGACGUCACUAUUCAAUUCAGUGACAAAGUUUACCGGAAAUCAGGGUCAUCCAGGAUACCCCAAGAACCCAGUUUUAUGCCCAAAGGAGACACGAAGAGCGUCUUCGACCUCCCUCCAGAUUACUUACCCGACAAAUACAAAUCCGUGGGAACGUUAGUAGUAUCUCGUUUCGGCCAAUCUGAGGAAGGGGACCAGUUUCCCAAAAUUGCAGUCAAAAAGAUUUCAAUUCCUCCUCUGGAUGAAGUCAUGCAGCUGCGCAGAGAUGAGAACUUCUCCCUUUUCAUCCCUAGACAUCGCCAGAUGGCUGCCAGUCUGAUAAACAUCUUCUUAGGUGUAAGGACCGUCGAUGACCUUUUGUCAGUCGCUGUCUACGCUAGAGACAGGGUGAAUCCCUACCUGUUCAACUACGCCCUCUCCGUCGCCUUGCUGCAUAGGCCAGACACCCAAAAUCUGGACUUGCCUUCCUUCAUCCACUCUUUCCCUGAUAAAUUUGUCGAUGCCAAGGUGUUCAACGCCGCCAGAGAAACUGCUACAGUAGUUCCAGAAGACUCUAGGACACCAAUUGUAAUUGACAAGGACUUCACAGCAUCAGAUUUAGAAGAAGAACAUCGUCUGGCUUACUUCAGGGAAGACUUGGGUAUCAACCUUCACCAUUGGCAUUGGCACUUGGUGUAUCCCUUCGAAGCAGCCAGGGAAGUCGUGGAUAAGGAUAGGAGAGGGGAACUCUUCUACUAUAUGCAUCAGCAGGUAGUGGCAAGAUACAAUUUCGAACGCCUAUGCAACAAGCUAAAACGCGUGGAACGUUUCAUAAAUUGGAAGGAGGAAAUCAAGGAGGCCUACUUCCCAAAACUGGACAGUACGGUAGCCAGCAGAUCCUGGCCUGCCCGAUCUGCCAACCAGAAACUGAGCAAUUUGAAACGAGAGGUAGACCAAAUCGUUUUGGACAUCGAUGAUUUGGAGAGAUGGAGAGACAGAAUUUUCGAGGCCAUAAACAGAGGUGUAGUAAGAAAUUCUGACGGAAGUGAAAGGCAGCUGGAUGAAUUUGGAGGUAUCGACAUACUUGGAAACAUGGUUGAAUCCAGCAUCUUGUCUCCAGAUAGAGGUUUUUAUGGUGACUUACACAACAUGGGUCAUGUGUUUCUUUCCUAUAUUCACGAUCCUGAUCACAGAAAUUUGGAGUCUUUUGGUGUUAUUGGUGAUUCUACCACAGCAAUGCGCGACCCAGUCUUCUACAGGUGGCACGCCUACAUAGAUGACCUUUUCCAGGAAUACAAAUCUACUUUGCCAAGAUAUUCCGAGGAUAGGUUAAACAACCCAGGAAUUACAGUGGACCAGAUCAGCAUUGAAUCCAGCCAAGGCAAGAACACCUUGAACACCUUGUGGCAGCAGUCUGACGUUGACCUGUCCAGGGGUCUCGACUUCCAACCGCGGGGUUCCGUCUUCGUGAGGUUCACGCACUUGCAGCACGUCGAGUUCACUUACAACAUCGUCGUCAACAACACGAGCGGCGGUAACAAGGAGGGCACCUGCAGGAUCUUCUUGUCUCCAAAAUUCGACGAACGCGGCAACCCGUGGAAGUUCCAGGAGCAGAGGCUAAUGUUCAUCGAGCUGGACAAGUUCAAGGUCAACUUGAAACAAGGGAAGAACAAUAUCAAACGUACAUCCAACCAGUCUUCGGUGACGAUCCCAUUCGAGCGGACAUUCCGGGAUCAGGACAACAAUAGGCCCACUGGAGGAGAAGCACUAGCUCAGUUCAAUUUCUGCGGUUGUGGUUGGCCCCAGCAUAUGCUCAUCCCCAAGGGGACACCAGAGGGCAUAGCCUGUCAGCUGUUCGUGAUGAUCUCCAACUAUGCCGACGAUAGAAUUGACCAGGACAUCACAGGAAUUUGCAACGAUGCUGACAGCUUCUGCGGUAUCAAAGACAAGAAGUAUCCUGACCGUCGGUCUAUGGGUUACCCGUUCGACAGGCAAGCGAGAGAUGGAGUCACUAACCUGCGAGAAUUCCUUACCCCCAAUAUGAGAGUGCAAGACGUCACUAUUAAAUUCACUGACCAAGUUUUCCAGAAAACAAGGCCAUCCAGGAUGUAGAGAAUUUUGACUGUUUGAUAGUGUCCGUUAGUUUUCCGUUAUUGGCUAUUUCAAUUUAUUGUAUCUAGUAGUAUUAACAUAAGGCAAAUAAAUUUGGCAAACAUA